CUGUGAUAAUCUCACUGGGUUAGCAACCAUUCAUAACCGUGACUACCGAUUAUACGAACAACGAUUUUUGCCAACCAUGUCCCAGGAGCAGUUUAUCAAUAUGUGGCGCACAGUCUACAGCUUCUUUGCUAUGGAAACCAACCAAGAUAUAUUUACAUCACUCUCUAGAGUUGGAACGUUGCUGCUGCAGAUUGGAGAGAUGGGACGACGAGUCAAAGGAAUGGUGUCCAAGUCCAGCGGUGAAAAUGCAAGCACCACUGGAGAGCAACCCUUUGACGGUGCAUCCCAUUUGGAUGAGGUGACGGGUGUUGUGUUGAUCAAGGACUCAGAGUCUGGUGCAUGUGCAACGCAGGAGGCUCAACAAGCGUCAACGAAAACAUAUGAAACUGGUGAACCAGAACAAACUUUUAGUGCUCGUCCAAGUGCUACAGAUGAAAGCCACGAAGGUUCAGACAAAAUAAAUAAAUGUAACACAGUGGAAGAAAAUGAGGAAAAUACUGAUGUGUGUGAACAGGCGUCAACUGACCCAAAAAGUGACGAAGGUAAAAAUGAUGGUAUUAAUGAGCAUCAACUUCCUUCUGGCUCGCAGCUCUCUUCCCUGGAAUGGAGUAUAUCUUUUGAACAGCUUCUAGCUAAUGUGGCCAAUGAAGAAAAACUUGUCACCUUCUUUGAGAAACCAAUCAAAUUGGCAGAGGAAGUUCAAAAGCUGAGAAAGAGACAUGCAGUAAGUACUAACGUGAAUGGCUCGGGGGGUUCCACACCACCUUAAGUGGUUAAUGAAGCAGUACGCUAAAGCAAUGUUCAAAUGAGGAAAGUGAAGACUCCCUGCAAUGGACGUGUCGGCUAAGCCAAAUACUGUACUUGGGUUUUCCAAUGGGUUUUAUAAUGGCGGGUAUUGGGCACGUCUAACUUGUGAUACACGGUGUAUUUACUUCCUAGUUAUAGAGCUGAUGAUUUUUUUUUAUUUUUUAGUGAAAAACUGAUGUAUUUUGUAUUUAAUUCAAAUAUUAAUGUGUACUCUUUAUAUUAAUUCCCUUACAUAAUAAAAUAUACAGUAUAAUAACA